AUGCUGAAACAUGUUGAAGUUCAGCAAAAAUAUCUUAACAAUGGUUUAGUACUGGCUAUAUUUCAAAAUUUUACAGAUUGUCAAUCUCAUUUGAAUAUUCACAUGCAGAUUAAGUUGAUUCCUACUCCUGAUGGAAUUACUGAGUGGAUGGCUAUUGAGCUGCAUGGAAUGAUUUCUCCCCAGGAGGGUAGUAGCUUCGAUGGCAAAACUCUAGGUACGAUAUGCUGGGGCGAUCGCAACAACGUUUACAUGAUUAUUGGGAACCAAACACUUGAAGGAAAGGUAAAUAUUUAUCGUCUUGUAGUUUUGUUUUCAAUGAAUCAUGACUUUUACUAG